AUGGGGCUGGCUGGAGGGACCAUGGUGGCGCGGCAGAAGAGUAGGAGUGCGGUGGAGAUUCCAUCGAAUUGGGCUGAGCACGAGAGAAAGAGAGGGAGAGCAGCUGCUCCUAAUCUGCAAGUCUUUACUUUGGCUGGGAUUGAGGCAGCUACAGGUGAACUUUCAAUUGAAAAUAAACUUCGAGAGGGAGGUUAUGGUCCCGUUUACAAGGGUGAAUUACCAAAUGGACAAGACAUAGCGGUGAAGAAGCUCUCAAAAACGUCUACACAAGGAUUUGAAGAAUUCAAGAAUGAGGUUGUACUUACUGCGAAACUACAACAUGUAAAUCUUGUUCGACUUUUGGGAUUCUGCACUGAAAGGAAUGAACAGAUGCUGAUCUACGAAUACAUGCCCAACAAAAGCUUGGACUUCUACCUCUUUGAAAUAGACCCGAGCAAAUCGUUUAUACUGGAUUGGAGAAGACGUAUUGGCAUCAUUGAAGGGAUAACUCAGGGGCUUCUUGGUUAUGUUCCUCCAGAAUAUGUUAAAAAGGGUGUCUACUCCACCAAAUCUGAUGUUUAUAGUUUUGGAGUCUUGCUUCUACAAAUCAUUAGUGGAAAGAGAAAUGCCUAUUAUUAUGGUUUGGAUGAAAGCCUAAACCUCCUAGAUUAUGCAUAUGAGCUGUGGAAAGAAGGCAAAGGGAUGGAGCUUAUGGAUCCAGUUCUGGAUGAUACAAUUUCGUCUUUGAAAUUAAUUCGAUGCAUGCAAACUGCUCUUUUAUGCGUCCAGGAAACAGCAAAAGAUAGGCCAUCCAUGUUGGAAGUUUCCUCAAUGCUAAAAAAUGAAUCUGCAGUUCUAACAAUUCCCAAAAAGCCAGCUUUUUCAAGAAAAACAGAUGAAGAUCAGGAGGAAGAUCAUAAGCCCAUAUUGCAGCAAGAAAUUUGUUCUGAUAAUUUUGCUACAAUCUCAGAACUGGUAGCCAGAUGA